AAACAUCCAUUCGUUCGUUAGCAAUCCUCCACAUAAGAAGCUGCCGUACGGUUAAGUAGUGAAUAAUAUUCAUUUUGCAGGCAGAGUUUGUGCAAUACUAUCUCUAUUAUACUGAUAAGAAGCGAUCCACAAAGAGUGCUUGUUAGAACAAUGGCUAUCACCAUCGCCACCGUUGCCACCGCUCCAUUCGAGGGCCAGAAGCCCGGCACCAGCGGACUUCGAAAGAAGGUCAAAGUGUUCACCCAGAAGAACUACACGGAAAAUUUUGUACAAUGCAUCCUGGAUGCUAAUGGUGCCCCAUUGGCGGGAUCCACCCUGGUAGUAGGAGGAGAUGGCCGUUACUUCUGUCGGGAAGCUUGCGAGCUGAUUGUGCGAAUGUGCGCUGCGAAUGGAGUGGCUAAGGUUCUGGCAGGUCAGAAUGGUAUUCUGUCCACGCCAGCCGUUUCCAGUUUGAUCCGCCGUCACAAGGCUUUAGGUGGAAUCGUUCUGACUGCGUCUCACAAUCCCGGUGGUCCGGAAAACGAUUUCGGGAUCAAGUUCAACUGCGAAAACGGAGGACCGGCACCGGACAAUUUUACCAAUAAAAUUUUCGCUCUCUCGGGAGAGAUCAAACAGUACAAAAUUACGGAAGGAUUGGCCAUUGAUGUCUCGAAAACGGGAGUCAACAACUACGAAGUCAAUGGAAAGCCGUUCGUGGUGGAGGUCAUCGAUUCCGUUACUGACUACAUCCGUUUGAUGAAGGAAAUUUUCGACUUCGACAAGCUAAAGGACUUUGUCAGUGGAAAGUCCCGCAAUGGCCAGCCACUUAAGAUGAGAAUCGAUGCGAUGAACGGAGUGACUGGAAGUUACGUAAACGAAAUUUUUGUCAAUUGUCUGGGAGCAUCGAAGGAUGGCGUGGUUCACACGACUCCACUGCCAGACUUUGGUGGACUUCAUCCGGAUCCGAAUCUUACCUACGCCAAAGACUUGGUCGAAGCCGUACGCAAUGGGGACUACGACAUUGGAGCAGCCUUCGACGGAGACGGUGAUCGUAACAUGAUUAUCGGUCGCAAUGCGUUCUUCGUGACCCCGAGCGACUCACUUGCCGUUAUCGCUCAUUACCUCGAAUGCAUUCCGUACUUUAAGAAGAAUGGAGUCACAGGUCUGGCUAGAAGCAUGCCGACGGCUUCCGCCGUUGAUCUGGUUGCCAAGGCUCUGAACAAGGAACUGUUUGAAGUCCCCACCGGAUGGAAAUACUUUGGCAAUCUGAUGGACGCCGGCCGCCUGUGUCUGUGCGGAGAGGAAAGCUUCGGAACUGGUUCCGAUCACAUUCGUGAAAAGGACGGCAUCUGGGCCGUUUUGGCUUGGUUCUCGGUCAUGCAGCAUACCGGAAAGAGUGUAGAGGAAAUUUGCGUUGAACACUGGAAGCGCUACGGCCGAAACUACUUCACCCGCUACGACUAUGAGGAAUGCGAUCUAGCUCCGUGCAACGAGAUGAUGACCUCCCUGGAAAAAACUAUCACCGACGCUUCCUUUGUCGGCAAAGAUUUCUCUGCCGGAGGAAAAACCUAUAAGGUCAAGUUGGGAGACAACUUCAGCUACAACGAUCCUAUCGACAAAUCUGUUUCCACCAAGCAAGGACUUCGCAUCGUAUUCACCGAUGGUAGCCGUAUCGUGAUGCGUCUCAGCGGUACAGGCAGUUCCGGGGCCACCGUUCGUCUGUACAUCGAUUCCUACGAGAAGGAGAACGUUCUCGGGCAGGCUUCCGUCAUGUUGAAACCCCUGAUUGAUAUUGCACUGGAAAUCUCCAAACUGCCCAGCUUCACCGGUCGCGAUGCACCGACCGUCAUCACGUAAGAAGCCACGAUUAUUCAAAUCUUCAGUAGAGAUCAAUGUAGAAAUGAACCAUUAUUUCGAAAAAGAAAGUUAAUUAGUCGUCGUUGGUCGUUAUCAACCUGCAACAAAAGUUAUCAGCUCUGUUUGUUGGAAUUUAAAUUUAGCUAAGCCAAAGUGUCAUCAUUGUUUUGUUUGGUUCCUUAUUGUUCAACGUGUGCGAGAGAUUAUAGUUUUAGACAUCAUUAUGAUCAUUAUUGCCAGUGCAUUUUGUUUAAGUUUCGUUUAAUUAAAGCGUUUUGUUUCGAAAAAUUAUUACCAACACAAAAU